CCGGUUGAGACAGUGACUGUCUGGCUUGCUGCCUCUUUCCUGCUUGCAGACAGGUCUCCUCUGCUGCCGUGCUUGGUGAGUCCGUCCUUCGGGACUGGCUGCAGAAGUAGUGCCAUGAGCUGAAGAGGCAGGCAGCAUCAUAAAAUCUUAAUCAGGUGAAAAUGGCCUUUAGCAAUCUGACAUCAAAGGCUGUUCUACUGUAUGAUGAAUGGAUUAAAGAUGCCGAUCCAAGGCUGGAAGGCUGGCCACUCAUGUCUUCACCUUUUCCAACAACCUUUAUCAUUGCAACAUACAUUUAUUUUGUCACUUCUUUGGGACCCAGAAUCAUGGAAAAUAAAAAACCUUUUGAACUGCGGCAGAUAAUGGCAUUUUAUAAUUUUAGUGUGGUGGCUCUCUCUAUAUAUAUGACUUAUGAAUUUCUUAUGUCAGGUUGGGCCACAGGGUACUCAUUCCGGUGUGAUAUUGUUGACUACUCGAGGUCACCUACAGCUCUGAGAAUGGUACGAACUUGCUGGCUUUACUACUUUUCCAAGUUCAUUGAAUUAUUGGACACUAUUUUUUUUGUGCUGCGUAAGAAAAACAACCAAGUUACAUUCCUGCAUGUCUUUCAUCAUUCCAUCAUGCCAUGGACCUGGUGGUUUGGAGUCAAAUUUGCUGCAGGUGGUUUGGGAACAUUUCAUGCACUGCUAAACUGUAUUGUCCAUGUUGUCAUGUACACAUAUUAUGGAAUCUGUUCUUUGGGACCAGCCUAUUAUAAAUAUUUGUGGUGGAAAAAAUACAUGACCACUAUGCAACUUGUCCAGUUUGUUUUGAUUACAGGCCAUAUUGGACAAAUCUACUUCAUGGAUGAUUGUCCAUACCAGUAUCCAAUUUUCAUGUUUAUUAUCUGGUUGUAUGGCUCUUUGUUUUUGGUCUUGUUUCUCCACUUCUGGUACCACGCUUACACAAAGGGAAAACGACUACCAAAGAUGGUGAAAAAUGGGAUCAGCAAAGAUCAGUGAAACACACCCUCAUCUCUAACAUCAAGAAAGCGUAUUCAUCAAAGUAGAAACUGUUUGACAAUCGAGAUCUUUAGGUGCACACACUACAUGGUGUAUAUUUUGUAUGUUUCGUCCAAAACAGAAUUUGUAUUUUUACUGUAAGUUAUUUGGGAUUCAGAAUUUGGGGGAUGAAGAAAGCAGUGGGGAUCUCUAAAGGAUUUUUUUCAACAGCUUGUUCAUGUCUGUUGUGUAAGAAAUCAAUGGAUAGAUGAUCUCUAGAAGAUGCUUGAAAAUAACAAUGUUCACUGGGAAAACUAAAAUGUGUAUGACGAGUACUGAGUACUUUGAACACUGAGAGGAAAAUAUUACUUCACCUUAAAUGUUAUAAGUUGCUGAGACUGUCAGCUGCAUUUUAUUAAAAGAAUGAACCUUCAGUAAGUACCUUUUACAGAAUCUCAAGCUUAUUAAUAUAGUUCAUACAUAAACAUCGCUACAUCUGUUUACGAACUGUAUAACUUUAAAGGAAGGAUUGUAUGUUAAUCUGUCAAGGUAUGGUGUUUCAUUUGAAGAUCACAGAUUUUUGGAUAUACUGUCUGAGGUAACUUAAUCACUUUAUGUACUCACAAAUAUAUGGUUCUGAAUAUUGGAAACCUGCUGAUUUGAAGAUUAUCUGAACUGUUUUAGUGUGAUAAAGAAUCUUACUGACUUGUUCACCAAAGUAGCCUAAUGUACUUACUAUUGAGUGUAUCUGUGGAUAUAUUUUGAUAUUGGUAGCUUAGGCUGUUUAGGGGGGAAAAUAAUCUUGUCAUUCAGUAGCUAAAAUCUUAGUUGUCAAGUAAGUUUAAAAAAGUACUUUUGAUUGAAGCCCGAGUAUCACCUAGCAUGAUUUGUACUGUGUCUACUUUCUUCCAUUCCCAUUAUCUAUUGAAAUACAUGCCUAGAAAGAUU